GUCGCCCGCGGAAAGCUUGCCCAUCUUCACCAAAUCGCAGGCAAGCUUCGUAGCCACCUUCCUUCCUUUCAAUGGCUUAUUCACCAGCGCCGCCGCCUCCUCCUCCUCCUCCCUAAAACGCAUCGCAUUGCUCAAACCCCAUCCCAUGCGUUCCACAACCACCACCCUCACCAGGAGGACCACUCUCCCACUCGCUCAACCUUCCCCUCUCUUCACGCGCCGCCGCCUCACUACUCCUCCUUCCUCUUCUCCUUCUCUCCCGCCACGUCAUCACAAAAACCCUCCGCUUCACGCUUCUGAUUCUUCUUCUCCCCUCACCUCCCUCCCUUCCAUCCUCUCCUCCAAGCUUCUCGAUUCUUCCAAAUGCAAGUCCCUCAUUCCCCGUUUGUCCCCUCACGACUUCGAUCGCUUCUUCUUCUCUACUCACAUCGCCACCACCGCCCGAAAUAAUCACCACCACCACCACAACCUCGACGUCCUCACCACUUUUCGUUUCUUCAACUUCGCGUCCAAAUGCUUCGGUUUCGCUUUCACCGUUCGGUCUUACUGCGUCUUGCUCCGUAUGCUUCUCGCUUCGAAUUUCUUGCCUCGUGCGAGAUCGAUUCUCGGAAGUUUGAUCGAUGGGAGAGCACCUGCUCUGUUCGAAAACCGCCGCAACGGACCAAUCGAGAUUGCAGCUUCUAUGUUGGAGCUUAAUGCAGCUACUGGUAUGAGAUAUGGUGAAUUGGACUUGUUGAUUCAUACUCUCUGUUCUCAGUUUAAGAAUUUAGGUGUUGGUGUUGCUUUUGAUGCAUUCUGGUUGUUCGAGAAGGAAGGUAUUCUUCCUUCUACUAAGUCCUGCAAUUUCUUGCUUAGCUCUUUAGUGAAGAAUAAUGAGCUUGAGAAGAGCUUUGAGGUUUUCGAGGCUGUUUGUCGAUGCGGUUCGCCAGAUGUUUACACGAUAAGUACUGCUGUUAAUGGUUUUUGUAAGGGAGGGAGGGUUGAUGAUGCCGUUGGGUUGUUUCUAAGAAUGAAGGAGUUAGGUGUUUCGCCUAAUGUGGUGACUUAUAAUAACGUGAUUGAUGGGUUGUGCAAGAGUGGAAGGAUCGAAGAGGCCUUGAGAUUUAAGGAGAGAAUGUUAGAAAGCAAAGUAAGACCAUCUGUCGUAACUUACUGUGCCCUUAUUAAUGGUUUGGUGAAGUUGGAGAAGUUUGAUGAGGCACAUUGUGUUUUUUUAGAAAUGCGCAGCAGGGGAAUUGCCCCUAAUGAGUUUGUUUAUAAUACAAUGAUUGAUGGGUACUGCAGGAACAAGAAUAUGAGCGAGGCACUAAGGAUCAGGGAUGAGAUGUUAUCCAAUGGGAUAAUUCCCAAUGAUGUUACUCUUAAUACUCUGUUACAAGGAUAUUGUAGGAGUAAUCAAAUGGAGCAAGCUGAGAAACAAGUAGAGCACAUUUUAUCGCAUGGGUUAGCUGUUAACCAGGAUGCGUGUUCUUAUGUUAUUCAUUGGUUAUUUGGUAAAUCCAGAUUUGAUGCAGCUCUCAAAAUUGUAAGACAGCUGCUGUUGAGGAAUGUCAAGACCAGUGAUAGCUUGCUGACCCCUUUGGUCUGUGGACUUUGUAGAUGUGGAAAACAUGCAGAGGCAACUGAACUUUGGUUUGGCCUUGCAAAGAGAGGCCUUUCAGCAAAUACGGCUACCUCAAAUGCUCUUCUUCAUGGAUUUUGUGAACAAGGGAACACAGAGGAGGCCAUCACAUUAUUCAGAGAGAUGAUUCAGUGGGGCUUGGUACCAGAUAGGAUCUCUUUCAACACACUUAUAUUUGGCUUUUGCAAAGCGGGUCAUAUUGAUGAAGCUUUUGUGCUAAAGGAAGAGAUGAAUGAGCAAGGAUUUCAAUCUGAUAUGUAUACCUACAAUUUCUUAAUGAAGGGAUUGGCUGAUAUGGGAAAAAUGGAUGAGGUUAAUAAGGUUUUGGAUGAAGCUGAAGGGUGUGGCUUGGUUCCAAAUGUCUAUACAUAUGCACUUAUAUUAGAAGGAUACUGUAAGGCUGACCAGAUUGGACAUGCCAUAAACUUAUUUGAUGAGCUAGUCAAGAAAGUAGAGCUAAGCCCUGUUCUUUAUAACAUUCUUAUUGCAGCCUACUGUAGAGUUGGGAAUGUCGAGGAAGCCUUCAAACUUCGUGAUGCCAUGAAAAGUAGGGGUAUCCUACGCACCUGCUCCACAUAUUCUUCGCUAAUAUAUGGUAGGUGCAAACUUGGCCUUGUUGAAAAAGCAAAAGAGAUUUUUGAAGAAAUCAGAAAUGAAGGGUUGCUGCCAAAUGUUUUUUGCUAUACUGCUCUAAUUGGUGGUUACUGUAAGUUAGGAAAGAUGGAUAAAGCUGGGAAUAUCUUACUUGAAAUGUCUUUGAAUGACAUACAACCUAAUAGGAUUACCUACACUAUUCUGAUAGAUGGGUAUUGUAAAUUGGGAAAUAUGAAAGAAGCAAAUAAGCUUUUAAACGAGAUGAUAGCAAAUGGAAUAACUCCAGAUGAUGUCACUCGUAAGGUAUUGAAAAAUGGGAAUUGCAAGGAAAGGAAGCUGCACGGAGCCUUGCAAUUGCGUGAUCAUUUGUCUAGUAGAGGAGAACCCUUAGAUGAAAUUACAUAUUCGACAUUGGUUCAGGGUUUACAUUCUCCUACAGCAAUUAGCAAUCAGAAAUAAAGAGGAAACUAUUGAAAGCUUGUAUCUUAGUUGGUAUCAUGACUCUUCUGGACGAUAGUGCCAUAUUGUUGCUGGAACCUCUUGUCAGGAAGAUAAGGGCAUCAUAUGCUUGUUUUCGUGAUAGGAUGAUCAGCUGCUAUUCUUACCUGAAAAUGCUCAUGGAACUUCAGAGGGUGUAGGAGGAUUGCCAUUGGAGCAAACAUUUUGUAGCUUUUUAACUAUGUGCAAGGUUGUUGUCCCUUGUUGGUCCUCCGUUCAAUCAAAUUGGUUCACAUUGAUGGCCAGAACAUAAUAGCUUUGCAUGCUUCUAGGAUGCUCUAUAUCUAAGGAGAAUCUGCUUAUAGUAAUUUCUGGUUAAAACUUGGAAGAGAAUAUAGGCUUGGAUACAGUUCAGAUGAAAGACGUUUUUGAAUUUAUUAUGCAUGCUGAUUGCUGACCAAUAACCAGUGUUUGUUGUCACCAUCUUUGCCCUUGACAUUGGAAGGAUUUGGGGUAGAGAAGAAAGUCUACAAGUCAAGAGGGAUGAAGGGUAAACAUUUAUUAAUUUCUUUUAACAAAUUUUCCAGAUGGAGAUAGUGAAGCCAUCAUCAUGAUUGUAUUUUUUCAAAUUUGCUUCACCUUAUGGUGUCUAUUUAGUGGAACUAAUUGUGGUAUACAAAAGAAAAGAAUUACAAUUUCUAACCAGAACUGUACAGUAAUUUGUGUAUGGAUUGUUGUAUUCAUUAAGGGAAAGGCCAAUAAGAAUUAUACAAUUACUUAUUUUCCUUAGAAAGGAAUUAAACUCUACUUUGAAUUAGUUUCUGUUGACUAGUUUUGAUAGCUUUGGGAAAAGGAAGCUAUAUCCUUGGGACAGUGACACAGUGUCCAGUCUAUGCCACUUUUGGGUGAAUUUGGCUGUAGCAUAAUUUCCAUGUUUUCAAUGAUAGAAUAUGGAAUAAGCAAGACUUGCGGAAAAAGCUUUGGUGUUUAACCUCUACUUGGUUUAAAGUUUUGAAUUUCAAAUUUUUUUAUAGGAAUUUCUCUCUUAUGUAUGUUGAUUGUUAAGACAUUGAAAAGCUUUAUAAGAGGAUAAUAAUUUUAUCCUUGUA